AACGUCAAAAGGAUUUUAUCUUGGAUUGAAUUGUUUCUGGGGAUAAUCAUGAUGAGCACUGCUCUUGCAAAGAUGGAGGUCCAUAUGACAAAUAUUGAAUGCACCAAUUAUGUACCAGAUAUAAUAAGGAAUGUAAGCUGCAUUUUAAAUCGAACAGCACACAGAUCUGGUUCACUGAAUAUGGAGUUUGCCGUGUCCCAAGAUGUUAUAGACGUGAACGGCAUAUAUAUACUGACGAUAAAACAAGGUUCAUUCCUGACAAACUUUACUGAAUUAAAACUGGAACUCUGCCAAUUAUUAGCUAGUGUGGAAUCACAUUUUUUACUUAAGAUGGUUACCACCGAGAUUCGAAGAAUUGGAAAUUUGCCACUGGAAUGUCCGUUUAAAAUGAAUAAGCGAUAUUAUGUAAAGGAAUUUACCAUUAACUCAAACGUAAUACCCAGCUAUAUCCCAGCAGUGAACUUCAUUUCGGACUUCCACAUAUUCAUUAAGAAUCGCAAAGCAGGUCGCAUAAUUGUCCGUGGCCGACUUCUCCAUCGUCGUUAACAAAGUAGAUUUUUUAAGAAAUCUUAAAACCAAAAAAUAACAAGUAAAUUUCCUUUCUUUAGCUGUAUGAUAACGAUGUCAGAUUCUAAUAAAAUUAUAACCUUAAUCAUUACAAUAUUUUGAAAAAUAAACUGAAAGGCAGCGCAAGCUAUAGACACUAUCGUCCGAUUCGGCCCGCUUUGACCAGUUAUGACUUAUAUACUAACAGCAGUAGAUAGAAGACUUUUGGAAAAUAGCUCUAAAGCAUAGAGCACAGUUUGCGUAGAAAAAGUUUAAAAUGAUGUUUCGUGGAUAAUAGACUAUUAACAGGGGUAUUGAUCGGUAACGAAAUAAUUGAUCGCAUUUAAAUAAAGCACAAUUACCUCAGCAAUCGUGCAAUUACUUUAAAAGAAGAAUUUUGUAUUCAGUCAACUAUUGUUUAACCACUGAAAUGAACGUCAAAAGGAUUUUAUCUUGGAUAUACCCGAUUUUGGGUAUUAUCACGUUCAACAAUGUUCUUGGAAAGAUGGAUGUCUAUAUAACAAGUGUUGAGUGCAUUAAUUAUCUUCCAGAUAUAAUAAAAAACGUAAGCUGCACUUUAGAUCGAACAUCACUCAAAACUGGUUCAAUGGAUCUGGAAUUUGCCUUAGCCCAAGAUGUUAGAGACAUACAAGGCAUAUAUAUACUGACGCUAAAAAAAGGUUCAUACUUGUCGAACUUUACUGAAAUAAAAGUAGACCUUUGCCAAGUAUUAGCAAGUGUGGAAACAUAUUUUUUACUGAAGAUGGUUACCAACGAGGUUCGCCGAAUUGGCAACUUACCAAUGGAAUGCCCGUAUAAAAUGAAUACGCGAUAUACUGUAAACGGAUUCACGAUCAAUUCAAACUUAAUACCCAGCUAUAUGCCAGUAAUGAACUUCAUUUCGGACCUACAUACAUUUUUUAGGAGUCG